GGGCGGAGCCGAGCCAGUCCCGUUCCGAGCGGCGCAGAGCCAAUCCCGUCCCGUAAGGAGCCAAGCCAGUCCCAUCCCAAGAGGAGCAAACCAGUUCCGUUCCGGGCGGAGCCGUGUCAGUCCCAUCCCGUGCGGAGCCGAGCCAGUCCCGUUCUGGGCGGAGCCGAGCCAGUCCCGUCCCGUGCGGAGCCGAGCCAGUCCCGUCCCGUGCGGAGCCGUGUCAGUGCCAUCCCGGGCGGAGCCGUGUCACUCCCGUUCCGGCGGAGCCGUGUCAGUGCCAUCCCGGGCGGAGCCGUGUCACUCCCGUUCCGGCGGAGCCUCCGCCCCGCCAUGGCCGCCGUGGCCGCUCCGCCGCCCGCCGAGCCCCCGGCGCCCCCGGGCCGGCGCCGCCUGUCGCUGCCCGCCGUGGAGCCGCUGCUGUUCCUGGCCACCCUGUCGCUGGGGCUGCAGGGCCCGCUGGCCACCCAGUACCUGUGGGACCGGCUGGGGGCCGAGCACGGCUACAGCAACAGCAACAGCACCGACUCCUCCUCCGGCUGCGGGGACGGCAACGCUACCGCCGACCCUCUGCGGCAGGAGGUGGAAGCUCUGGUGUCCCACUGGAACCUCUACAUCAACCUGGGAGGUUUCUUCGUCAGCCUCUUCUCCGUGACCCUCCUCGGCGCGUGGAGCGACAGCGUGGGCCGGCGCCCGGCGCUCAUCCUGCCCGCAGCAGGCAUGGCCCUGCAGACAGCCAUCUACCUGCUGGUCAUGUACCUGGAGCUGCACGUCGCCUUCUUCCUCCUGGGACGCAUCCUGAGCGGCCUCACGGGCGACUACAACCUGAUCCUGGCCGGCUGCUUCUCCUACGUGGCCGACACCAGCGAGCGGCGCGCGCGGACGUUCCGCGUGGCCAUCCUCGAGGCCUGCCUGGGCACCGCGGGCAUGGUGGCCAGCAUUGGCGGCGGCCAGUGGCGCAAGGCCCAGGGCUACAUCAACCCCUUCUGGCUGGCCUUUGCUGCCAGCCUUGCUGCCACCCUCUACGCCGCGUUCUUCCUGCGGGAGUCGGUGAAGCAGAAGAGGGAGGCCAAGCUGUUCACGCUUAGCCACUACAAGGCUGUGUUCAGGCUGUACACGGCCCCCGAGCAGCCGAGCUCCAGGUGGAAGCUGGCUCUGUACUCCCUGGCUUUCUUUCUGAUUGUCACGGUGCAUUUUGGAGCCAAGGACAUCUACGUGUUGUACGAGCUGGGCUUCCCUCUGUGCUGGGCUUCUGAUCUCAUCGGGUACGGCUCGGCCGCCAGCUACCUGGCGUACCUGAGCAGCCUGGCAGGGCUGAGGCUGCUGCAGCUCUGCCUUGAGGACACCUGGGUGGCAGAGAUAGGCUUGCUCUCCAACAUUGCUGGGCUGGUGGUGAUGUCUCUGGCUACCACAACGCCACUGAUGUUUACAGGUUAUGGAAUUCUGUUCCUUUCCAUGGCAGCCACUCCAGUCAUCAGAUCCAAGCUCUCCAAGCUGGUCAGUGAGACAGAACAAGGUGCUCUCUUUGCUUCUGUUGCCUGCGUGGAAGGGCUGUGUUCACUUGUGUCUACAGGAGUGUUCAACUCUCUCUACCCUGCCACCUUGCACUUCAUGAGGGGAUUCCCAUUUCUCUUUGGGGCUAUAAUCCUCCUUAUUCCAGCAGCUAUCCUUGGGUGGAUACAAAUCUGGGAUUCAAAACACGACUACAACCACUUCCAAGAGGCUUCCCUGACCCCCACAAAAGACUGAAUUCAACGCCAAGGAAUUGGCCAGCACUGCAGUGUCCACCUGAACACUGCACUUCAUUCUUCCCUCAAAGGACUGAUCAGUGUGGGAGGGACACUCUGCUUGUCCUUACUGACUUUUAAAUGCCAAAUAAUUGGAAAUCACAGGAGGAACUUGAUUUGGAGCUGUGAAUGGCUCCUCUGUGUUGUGUUCACUCAUCUGUCAGAGAAAACCCAGGAGACCCCAGAGCCAAUCAAGCUGUUGAGGGCCUUUUGCAAAGCUGCUCUGUGGUUUGGGGUUGGUGGGGCCAGAAGGCUCUGCCCUGCUUUUAGUGGGGAGAGAGGACUGAGUUCUGCUGUAAUUGCUGAGCAUUUUCCCCUCAGGGUAUUCCAGUGUGCAGGGAUGAGCUGUUGGUGUGGGUGAGGCACAGGCUGCACCAGAGGCACCCAACAGUGUCCUGUGCUCCAAAUCAUCACAUUGCCAGUAAAAACCCAGCAAAUGUGACAUGCCAGACCACAAAACUCCUUAUGGAGAGAGGCAGUUUAGCACAGGAGUGCUAUUGCUGUCCUUACUGACUGAACCAGCUUUAGUUGUGCAAGUCAGAGGUGUCCUAAGAAGAGGAUGUAAUUCAUGAAGUGUUGGUGGGAGUGCCAGUGCUAUGUCCUGCCUUGUCUGCAGCUCAGCCCAGGAUCUCAGAGGUGGUUUUGAGAAGUAACAGAUCAUCUGAGAAUACUGCAGGGCCAGUAGAAUAAAUCCUGGGCUGGGAGGGACCCACGAGGAUCCUUGGAGCAACUCCUCUAGGUGCCUUAAUUGACAGUGGCCAAAAGCUAUGAAGUUAAGGAGAAAAUUGUCAGAAUUGUUCCCCCCUUACACUGCAGAUCUGAGCCCCAAUCAUGUGAAAUCCCUGCUGUGCUGAUCCAGAGCCCUUCCCCAGCAAGAUGGGGACAGGACUAGUGUGUUUAAGAUUAAUCUUUUUUGUUGUAUGUGGCAUAUUCUUGUGUUAAUGACCUCAGUGCUGCUUGUCCUGGGAUCUCUUGGUGCCAGCAAGCAAACUCCAUGUCCAUGGUACCUAAAUUGUUCUUUCCAAAGCAUUACCUGUGUUGCUGCAAUCCUUUUUUUUCUCUUCACUGUGCCAUAAACCAGCAGUUCUGUGUGCACUGCACUGCACAUGCUGUUCAGGUACAUGCAGUAAUGACUUUCCUCUUACUUUCAGAUUGAAUAAAACCUCCAUGCU